AACCAGAGAGGAGAACCGGUACCCUCCUCUAACUGGUGACUUCAAUCUCCUUUGGGUUCCGAUAUAAAAGCCACCUCCAGUUCUGCUCCGUUUAGUUCCGUUCAACUGCACCCGAUCAUAAGUCUAAAAAGAAACAUAAAAAUGAACACAUACGUGCUGACAUUAGCCGUGGUGUUAGGAGUGGUAUCUCUAGCUACAGCACAUCCACAAAAGGAGGGGCAAAUUUUCAGCAACGAAGCUAUAAAGCAGGCACAAAACACAUUUUUAAUACCCAAGGAUGCAACCAUUCAGCAAGUUCAAGAAGGUAUUGAAGUAGCGGCUUACGAAUCUAUUCCCGGUGACGAAAAAAUCAAUCUCUUUGAAAUUCUUCGCGGUCAAUUCCCACCCGAAGUUGUAAACAAUCUUCAGGCUCAAGUCGAUCAAGUCGGACAACAUAAUUGAUGACACUUAUGUAUGCAGUGGACUACCUUGCUGUAAUUCAAAAUGCAUUUAAACGUAUUUAUUGAUACUCUAUUCAUACUCUACGAUCGCCAGUUAUGAAUGUACCUUUGAUAUUUUCAUAAAUAAACAUGUACAAAUCCACAA